AUGUCUCCUUUUUAUGCCGAAGAGUUACAAAACAUUAGUACUCUGCGUGCAUGUAUAUCAGUCAAACCUGGUUACGAUGUUGCAAAAGAACUGAGAGUGAAUAACAAUGUUCUGACGUUAGGUAAUGCUGUUGUUGCCGAUUUCUCUUCUGUCAAAGUUACCGUAACUACCGAUAAUUUGAUCGUGGAACAACCCAACACAGCAACUUCUGAAAAGGACAAAUCUCAAUCUUUGGUGCCCUGGGAAAUUAAACUGAAUUUAGUUCGCUCAACAGAUCCUCAACAGCAACAGAUUGAAGUGAGAGAAUGGUGGACUGCAAAAGAUCUAUUAAAACUUGGUAGCCACAGCAAUAGUACAAAUAUUCGAAAUGUACAGUUACAGUGCCGCUCCUGUUUCGAACCCUUGGUAAAUUCUCAAGCCAACUAUACUAUCAAAGACUUGCCCUCCGAGCAUUGGUACGAGCUUAUUGAAUGCUGGAUUUGUCAUGAAGCAAAGGCAGGAGAACAUAAAUCUCGUAUGCAGCCUAUUCUUGCCCGACCGAACACUUUACUUGUAGGAACAACCUAUUUUUUGUUACAUACGGACAAUAUUUUGAAAGAUAGUAUAGAGGUCGAUUCCACUGUGGCAAACUGUUUGGAUUGGAACCGUGGUACUAAGACUAAAUGGAUUACAUUGAACUGUAGAAAAUGUAAACAUGCAUUGGGUGAGGGGCAGUAUACCAUAGAAAGCAACAACCAGCUCAUAUUUCCGCAUCAACCAUCCUUCAUUGAUUUCUUUGUUUCUGACUUAGUGAGCACAGCUAGGGUUCACGCUACUCACCGAUUUUUGAUUCAAGGACGACAAAGUCAUCGCAUAUAUGCAUUGGUAAGGUUUUAG